UCUAACAAAGACUUGGCAAUAACCUUCUUUUUUCAAUGUCUUCUUUUUCAUUGUCUUCAAAUCUACCUCAGUUCUACACCGACUGUGCUAACUUCCCUACUGAUUUUUCCGAGUUUUCGGCUCCAGUGGCCGGUGCAAUGUGGGGGGACGAAGGAGGGUUCUCAUUGCUGGAUUACCAAGUCCAGCCGGAGGUUGAUGUUGGGGUGGCGGUUUCUGGGUUGGUUUUGCCGGAGCGGGGUGGGGUUUCGGACAUGGCAGUGCCCGCGUUGCCGGAGUUCAACAUGGGGGGUUUGUGCGGCAUUGCCGGAGUUCAGAGCUUUGGGGGAGGGUACCAGCAAGAUGUGUGUGAGUUUGGAGAUGAAUGCGGAGGGUUUGUGCCUGAUUUCCGGCCGGUUUAUCCUGCUACGGCGGGAGAUAAUUGGGGAAUUCAAGGAAAUCAUAUAGCAGGAAUUGAAGAAUCCAAUACAAAGGUUGGGAGGUACUCAGUUGAGGAAAGGAAGGAUAGAAUUCUCAGAUAUUUGAAGAAGAGAAAUCAAAGGAACUUCAACAAAACCAUUAAGUAUGCAUGCCGGAAGACUCUGGCAGACAGGCGUGUCCGGGUCCGGGGGAGAUUUGCAAGGAACAGCGAGAUAUGCGAAGAAGAAAUGGCAGUGAAGAAGAAUGAAAACACACAAGAAGAGAAAGAACUAUACUACAAUGACACUGUGCAGAUGAAGCAUGAUGAGGAGGACUGGCUGCAAGAAGCAAUUGCAAGCCUCAUGUAUAUGCCAUAUUUUUCUGGAUGAUUGUUUGUUUAAAGAGAAAAUGUUUCCUAUCUUGUAGACCAGUACAAAUUAACUUUUGGGUUUCUUGUAACAGUACUCUUCCAUUUAAUCCUAAUGAGA